AUGAGAGAAGACUUGAUACAAUCGGCCGUUUCUUUCCUUACCGAUCCCAAGGUGCAAUCGGCGGCAUUGACAAAGAAGGUCUCAUUCUUGGAAUCCAAGGGCAUGACAUCCGAGGAAAUUGAAGAAGCCAUGUCUCGUGCUAACGGCAAAGCACCUGCAGCAACAACAACGGCAACAGCAGCAGCGCCGGUGGCUACCCAACAACCUGGAGGCGCCGUUGUCCCAUAUAACACUGCCGUCGCUACCCAACCUCCUCCAGUCCCCGCUCGUCCUUCUUAUGAUUGGCGUGAUGUCUUUAUUGCAGCUGUUCUUGCAGGUGGUGCAACCUAUGGAUUGUGGACAUUGGCCAAGCGUUUCUUUGGUCCCUGGUUCAAGGUACCACAAAAGGAAGAAUUGGAGAAGGAAAAGGCUGCAUUGGAUUCACAAUUUGAAGCAGUUGAGGCAUCGCUCAAGGAAAUCAAGGAUCAAACUGAAGAAGCUUUGACGGCCGUUUCGACACAAUCCGAUCGAGUCAACACAUCCAUCACCAGUCUCGAAGCAGCUUUGAAGGACUUGAAGGAAGGAGAUGAAGCAAGACAAAAACAAUUUGGAGAGGUGAAGGAUGAAGUGGAUGCCUUGAAAGAACUUGUACCCAAGAUGAUGGAUCGGAAUAAGCAACAGCAGGGAGAUGUCCUUGAAGAAUUGCAAAAUGAGCUCAAAUCUCUCAAGAGUCUACUUCUCAGUCGUCGUCCCACAACCCCUUCUUCUCCUGUACCUGAACCAACAACAUCCAGCAAUACGGUUGCAUCAGCAACGAAGCCUGUUGAGAAUGGCAAUGGCAACGGUAGCAGUAUCCCAGCAUGGCAAAUGGCUGCUGCUGCUUCAUCAAUCAACAACAACAACAACAAGGCUCCCGCUCCAUCUGCCACCACUCCUCAAGCUGAACCCGCAACUGGCUCUUCAUCAUCUUCAGCAGCUGGAUCUGCCACCAACAAUACCGCUUAG